GGUUUUUUGAGUUUGAUUUGUAAGGUUUCUUCUAGUUUCUGAUUAGUAUUUUGUCCGGCAGGGCCGAAUCAGAGUUUAGUGAAAUGAAGGUAUCCAAUCCCUCUCAUGAUGAUUUUGGAAAUACUAAAUGGCCUCCUGGAUUCCGAUUCCAUCCCACCGAUGAGGAAUUGAUACUCUAUUAUCUGAAGAAGAAAAUCUGUCGCCGUCGUCUAAGACUCAACGUCAUUAGAGAGCUUGACGUUUACAAGUGUGAACCCGAAGAAUUGCAGGGUCAAUCGUUGUUAAAGACUGGGGACAGACAGUGGUUCUUCUUUAGCCCUAGAGAUCGGAGGUAUCCAAAUGGGAGUAGAGUGAAUAGAGCAACCAGGCAUGGCCACUGGAAGUCAACUGGUAAGGACCGUAAUAUCACCUGGAAUAAUCGAACAGUUGGGGUGAAGAAGACCCUGGUUUUCUACCAAGGUCGUGCUCCUAGUGGUGAUCGCACUGAUUGGGUAAUGCAUGAGUACACCAUUGACGAGGAGGAGCUUAAGAGGUGCCCGUCAGCACAGGAUUCUUUUGCGCUUUAUAAGGUUUUCAAAAAGAGUGGACCUGGUCCCAAAAAUGGUGAACAAUAUGGGGCACCAUUCAGGGAAGAUGAAUGGGCUGACGAUGAUGACCUUGUUGAUGUAGUGCAGCCGCUUAUUGUAAUCCCUCCUGUUGAUAGCUUCAGCCAGCUAGCAGAGAAUGGUAGAGAAGAGAUUUUAGGGCGAAUUGUGGAUGAUCACAAAGUUGACCAACCACAAAUUGAUGAGUUUGCUCAAUUGUUACACCAGGUUGGAGGUGGUGAAGAAACCCUAGGUACUAUGAUGGAUCCAUCACUUGGGGAAGCCAUUUCUACUGAACCAAGAAUAGUAGUUUUGCAUCCUGGUGGCCAACAAUCUGUUGCACAUGCUAGCUGUGAGGUCACGCAGUCGGCUACCUCUAAUAUGUAUUCAUGUGAGGCAUCUGAGGUCUCUUCUACUCCCACUAUUUCUAAACAGGAUCGACAUGCAGUGGAGGAUGAUUACCUAGAAAUGAAUGAUCUCUGGGGUCCAGAUCCUAGCUUUUCAGAAAUGGGGAAUGCCUGUGAAGACUUGCAGCUUCAGGAAACAAAUGGAUUGGAUGGAUCUCAUCUUUACUUUGAAACAGACAUGUUUCUUCAGGAGUUGGGGCCUAUUGAUUCCAGGAUCGCGCCACAAUCAUAUUUUGACACACUCGAGGCUGACAUGGCAAGCCAGUUGAAUUAUCAGAUGUCCUCCCAGCCAGAUGACGCAAAUAACACAAGCAGUGAGCUGUGGACACAUGACCAGAGAUCUGAUAUAUUUGCAUCACCUGGAUCUAAUCAGGUGGUGGCUGAUCAGGGGAUGACGCAACAAUCAUCUUUUGACACACUCCAGGGUGACAUUGCAAGCCAGUUGAAUUAUCAGCUGUCAUCCCAGUCAGAUGUCACAAAUAACGUAAGCAGUGAGCUGUGGACAUAUGACCAGAGAUCCGGCAUAUUUGCAUCACCUGGAUCUAAUCAGGUGGUGGUUGAUCAGGGGAUGACGCCACAUUCAUCUUUUGACACACUCCAGGGUGACAUGGCAAGCGAGUUGAAUUAUCAGCUAUCAUCCCAGUCAGAUUAUACAAAUAACAUUAACACUGAUCUGUGGACACAUGAGCAGACAUCCAGCAUAUAUUUAUCAACUGGAAUUAGUCAAGGGAUGGUUGCUUCGCCAACUUCAGGUCUUGUAAAUCCGGGUAGUUCUACAAAUCUUCUUGUUGAAGCUAGACAGAAUGAAGGUGGCAAUGAGGGAGACCCUCAAGAUUCUUGGAUCACUUCUAAACUCUGGGCCUUUUUGGAAUCAAUACCAACUACUCCUGCAUCUGCCUCAGAGAGUGCCUUAAUAAAUCGGGCAUUUGAGCGAAUGUCGAGUUUUAGUAGGGUGCGAAUCAAUGCCAAUAACAUAGAUGUUACUGCUACAGGAAGCACACCCAAUGUGAGGAGGGGAGGUGGAAGUAGGGGUAUCGGCUUCCUUUCAUUCUUUGGGGUGAUGAGAGCUGUAUUAUGGGUAUUGAUGCUGAGUACAACUGUGAAAGUCCUCUCUACUUUCUUGGGGAGGUUUGUGGCAUCGUAAAUAUGUAAAGAAGGAAGCAUCUUCUCUCUGUCCAUGGGUUCUUUGCUGGAGGAUAAAAAAAAACUUAGUUCAUACGGUUUGAAAAUAAAGAAUUUCAACAUAGAGUUGAUUUUAGA